UUAAGCUUCUCUUCUCCAUAAAACCCUUUUUCCAUGGUCACCGCUUCACCAUAACCAUCUUCAUUUCUACAUAAAACCCUUUUCCCCUGCUCACCGCUACACCAUUAACCAUCGCAUCUCGAAGCUUCAUUUCAUCCAUGUCUUCUCAAAACUCCAGAAGCUCAAUCUACCCUGAAGUCGAUAUGUCUAACCCAGAAGCUGCAUCGCCUCUCCUCUCUGAUUCAAAUCUCAAUCCUUCAUCCUCUCUAUAUCCUACAGUCUACGUAGACGACCUCGCUCAGAAUCUCUUCCCCGAUCAAGAAUCCGAUCAAAACCCUAACACUCUGCCUUCUCUUCCGGUUGACUCCUCCGAGGAAGUCCUAAUCAUUGUUCCCGCCACGAUCGUUCAUCUUAUUGACAAGCAACGGAGCGUUGAGCUUGCUUCCGGUGAUCUCAUAAUUGUUCGUCUCCGUCAAGGGGAAAACGUCGUUGCCGUCUUCGCCAGAAUCGGCGAAGAUCUUCAAUGGCCGUUGGCGAAAGACGAACCCGUGGUUAAGCUCGACGAAUCGCACUACUUCUUCACUCUCCGGAUCCCGUCUGGUGUUGGAUCAGACGACGAAGGUAGCAUUAUUGAGGAGGAGAAUAUUUUAAAUUAUGGACUGACGAUCGCAUCGAAGGGGCAAGAAGGUGUACUAGAAUCAUUUGAUUCAAUUCUCGAUCACUACAGCGCCUUCUCUAUUCAGAAAGUUGCCGAGGUUGCUGAUGAUUUGUCAGCGUUUGCAAAGGAGACUUCGCCAGAUGAAUUCGUGGCAGAAGGGAAUAAUAAGAAAGAAGAGAUGGAGAGUAGCUCUGCUGCGUAUUGGACGACAUUGGCUCCUAACGUAGAAGAUUACAGUAGCUCUGUUGCAAGGAUGAUCGCUGCCGGAUCGGGUCAGCUAAUUAAGGGUAUCUUGUGGUGUGGGGAUGUAACAGUAGAAAGGUUGAAGUGGGGUAAUGAAUUCUUCAAGAAGAGGAUGUGUACGAGUUCGAAUUCUGAUGUUAGCCCUGAAGCAAUGAAAAGGAUUCUAAGGGUGAAGAAGCUGACUAAGAUGUCUGAGAAAGUGGCGACUGGAGUUCUUUCUGGGGUUGUGAGGGUGUCUGGUUUCUUCACAAGUUCCAUUGUGAAUUCAAGUGUUGGGAAGAAGUUCUUUAGUCUAUUGCCUGGAGAAAUCGUGCUUGCUUCGUUGGAUGGAUUUAAUAAAAUAUGCGAUGCUGUUGAAGUUGCGGGCAGAAACGUAAUGUCAACAUCAUCUGUGGUAACUACUGGGCUAGUGUCUCAUAGGUAUGGUGAGCAAGCAGGGAAGGCUACCUAUGAAGGACUUGGCGCGGCUGGGCAUGCUCUUGGGGCUGCCUGGGCUGUGUUUAAAGUAAGAAAAGCUCUGAACCCGAAGAGCGUAAUCAAGCCCACAACUCUUGUGAAAGCAGCAGCUCAAUCUAAUUCUGAGAAGCUGAAGGCCAAAAAAUGAUCUACUUAUAUGACGAUGUUGUUGGCUUAUCUUGUGCUUGUACAAUAAUAAUAUAUAUAUAUCUUGAUUUUGGUUUUCGUUUUUGUCUUCUCAUUGGAUUGCUAUUCUUUUUUAUUUGGUUCCAUGUAAUAUGAGAUGUGUUCCUUUUUU